AUGAUUGUUUCGGAACUAAAUUGUCCUUCUUUGAUCACAUUAAAGGAUACAUAUGCGUUACCUUGCGGUUGCUUUCGUUAUGUAAUCAUGAACUGUAAUACACAAAACCAAUCAUCAGAUGAAUCAGACAAACUUCAUAAAACGAGAGAAAAGGAGAAUAGACAAACAGCUAUUUGUGCUAACUUUGACAAAUCAAUCGUUCUAUGGAGUCCAGGCGAUAUUGGCAGUAUGGUAUUACAUGAGGGUUUCAAUCUACAUAGAAUGCCAAAAAACUAUCUUACAAGGAAAUCCUACAUCGAAAAACUAAUCUACCAUGCUACAAUGUCAGAUUCAAUCAAAUCUCCAUUUGCUGGAUUCAAAGUAGCCAAUGAAUAUUUAAAUGAACUGGAUCAUAUUGAUGUAAUCAGUGGAAUCAAAACAUUCAAAUCGUUUAUUCGAUCUUUUUUCAAAAAUAAUAGUCGUACAUCAACUAUGAUUCAUAAAAUAGGAAGAACAUGGCUUCUGAAUGAAUUCGAUAUUGAUUCAUUCUUGUUAUCCGGAGGUGAAUGUCACGAAUGGUUAUGGCUUCGUGAAUUUCUAAAAAAGGAAGAUUAUCGUUUGUGUUCUCAUUCAUUGUCGCGUAAUGUGUUGAUUUCAAAUGAUCUUGAAUCGAAAUUUCUAUAUCAUACGGUUUUUCAGUCCCCUGAACUUGGCUUGAAAAAAAUACAAAUGUUACAACCAAAAAGUUUACCUUCAUCAAGUGGUAAUGAUCAUGCUGGAAAUGAAAUCACUAAGGAAGUAGCUUGCACUCGUUUGGAUCCGAGUUCUGUUGGGGUUGAACAUUUAUCCAUGGUAGAUGUCGCAUUGUCAUCAUCGUUGGAUGAUACAGUUACAACCAACAAUGCAGAACAAAAUAAUGAAAGUAGACAGUUUCGAUCAUCAUGGGUUAUAAAUCCAGAUCAAUAUCUUCAUACUGCUGAAUGGCAAUUGAAAGAUCUCAGUUUCAUUGUGGGCUCUGAUAUGCCUAUAUUCGGCACACCGAAACAUCCUUGCAUUAGUCUAAAGUUAAGUCCAUUACAUGAGUCGAUUAAUGUUUUAACUGGAAUUGAUGUAUGGCUUGAAAAUAUUAUCAAUGAAGUCCCCGAAGUGGCUAUGUGUUAUCAUCAUGAAGGUAUCGUGAUGCAAGAAUAUGAAAUUUACAAAACAUGUGAAAUUCCACCGAUUAUUGGAUUUGAAACAGAGCAAAUUAAUCAAAUUAUACGUAAUUUAGUUAUGUUUUUAAAACGGAAUGCAACACAAGAAGGUCAUACAUAUUGGCUUGUAAAAGAACCUGGGUUAGGUGUUGUUAAACUAUAUGAUCUAACAACUUUAGGUUAUAAAGAAUUUCUAAAUAAAUGUUCAGAGGAACCUAAUGGUCGAGAGGCAUAUAUGAAAGACAAUAACCCAUUUAUCCUGCCUGUUGCAUCAUUAUGCUAUAAAUUAGCUGAAAUUCGUGUUAAAGAAUAUAUACAUUAUCGUGAAACUCAAAUUUUUCAAUCAACAACUUUUGAUUCUUUUAAUUCAACAUCGUCAUCAUCAUCUCCACGACGAUAUUCAACUGACAAUAAUGAUUUCAAUGAAAUAACUACUGUUAUGGAUGCUUUACGUUUAUUGAGAAACUGUUUAAAUUUAAUAUCAGUUCAUGAAAAUUUUUCAAAUGUGUCAGAUUUAUCAUUUAAUCCAUCAACUACAUCACCUGGAAUACAAGAUUUAAAAUUUCGUGCAGUAUUAUUACUAUGUCGAUUGUAUCUAAUUACACCUACAAAUGUGAUUAUGACAUGUUUUAAAGAUAUACAAGGAUUGGUAUGUGCAAGUCGAGAGACUGUUAGUGUAAAUAUUGAACAAUUUGGAAAAUCUUUGAAUUCUUCAGAAUUAAAUACAUUUACUUUAUCUGAUGAAAAUGAACAAAUUACUGGCACUACUACUAAUAAUAAAAAUUCAACAUUAGUUCCAAUCAAUUCCAAUCGUAAUUAUUUAGGUUCAAUGAUUAUUGAUGCACUGAGGAAAUCGAAUACAUCGCAACUUUCUGAAUUAGCUAUAUCAAUUCUUGGCUCCUUCAAUCGUAAUCUCGCUUAUGGUCACCAUCGAUCUAAUCUAACUAAUACAAAUGAUCGGGAUAAAAUGCUCACACCAUAUUCCUCAUCAGUAAACAAUCAUCACCAUCAAAAUUGUUCUGCCGAGAGUUACGAUAAUGACGGUAUAAUGAAUAAAAAUAAUGAAAUGAAUGACUCACAAACGUAUUCUUUACCAUUUGCUGUAUUAAAAUCUUAUAUUGCUAAGUCAGAAGAAUUAUGGUUCAUGGUAUAUCAACAAAUGCAUCAUACUGAUACCAUAUUGAAUCCAAUUGUAAUUGAAUCAUUAAACAUGAUAUUUCAGUAUACUUUACCAGCUUUAAUGCUUCUUGAACAUUUAGUUCCAGAUAGGUAUACACAUUGUUUUACUCCUAAUGAAGAACAUGAAAAACAAAUACAACUAUCUAUGAAAAAACCAAUUUGCCCAUACUGUUAUUCUUCAUGUGAUCUAAUUAAAGACUCAUUAGAUCGUUGCUGUUUAAGUGAUACAUUAUUUAUUGUAAGUUGUCUAUUUUCUGCUGCAUUUAUUUCUUAUCCGGAAGCAAUUCAACGAACUAAUCUUAUCACCACUUCAAAUCACCAUUAUCAACAAGAUAAAAAUAAGGAUUCGGAAUUAUUAACUCCUUCAGUUGAUACGUUUAUCAUGCAAUCAGCUUGUGAACAAAGUAAAAUGCAAAUGAAAAUCUAUUUGAAUACUGUUUUAUCUGGUCCAGUUAAAUUAUCGAAAAAAUUAUCAUCUAGUAUUGAAAAAUUUUCUGACGAUGGUUCUUCUGAUAUUUUAACAAAAUAUACUAAUUGGUUCAAUGCUCUAAAUUUAGCCGCUUGCUGUUUACAACGUGUAUUUCUUCAGUCGACAAAUACUAUUAAUCGUCAACAGCGCCAACAUCAUUCACGUAGAUCGAACUCGUCAAUGAUGACGAUAAUGAAACAACGAGCUAAUAAAUUUGAAUCUUCUCAUGAUUUAAAAGCGUAUAUGAAUAAAUUAAAAAUUACCAAUGACUGGUGGUCAGUAUUAAUGAACAUGUUUGUAUGCUGUUUACGUAGUAUGUGGUUGGACUGUGUUAGUGAUAAUCAAGAUCAGAUCAUUCAUUUAAACUUCAAUAAAUUCUUAGAUCAAUAUCUAAAUAUUCUAUUAUGUAAUCCAUUUGAUUCUUCAUGUAGUACUAAUACUACAUCUACUGAUAUUGUUGAUGUAACAAAUAAUAAUAAUAAUAAUAUAGUAGUAUAA